AUGAGGAACGAAUUGAUGGAGAAGCAUAGUCACCCUUCGUUCUUUGUCCUGUUUGGGCGUAGUCUAGCAGCCCAAAAUGUACUCAUCUCCGUCUAUUUGUUCCUAAUGUUCCGGUCGCUACCUUACGCCGUUGCACAGAGCAGUAGUCAACCGCCCGCCGUCGUUCCCUCUGGCUUAACCAACACUUCCGACCCUUCGGCGACCAACAAUUUGACCUUUUCGGUGAACAUCGGACUCGUCUUCAUUUUUGGCUCCUUUGUUAUCUUGUUCUUCAUCUCCUUCUGCGUCUACAAGGGCUCCCAGACCGAAAGCGAUCAAAGCAUUCGCGGUAAUGGCGUGGAUGGCCGAAUAUCACGUAGGGGAAAUCGAGGGCUAGACCCGGCCGUGAUCGAGACUUUUCCAAUCUUCGCCUACUCACAUGUGAAGGACCACAAAUUGGGAAAUGGAGCUCUGGAGUGCGCCGUAUGCUUGAACGAGUUCGUAGACGAAGAUACGAUUCGAUUGCUGCCCCAGUGUGACCAUGUCUUCCAUCCUGACUGCAUUGAUGCUUGGUUAUCUAAGCGCACAACCUGCCCAGUCUGCCGAGCUAACCUCGUUCCUGUAUCGGGUGAAACACCUGAAACUAUGGUACCGGUACAGUACAUAGAAGGCGAUGAUUCGGAUGGGGAAAUCCCAACAUCGGAACCAGUGGAGGCAGAGAACGAGCAAGUUUCCAUUAAUGUACUAAGCGAAGAACCACAGGUGGUGGCAGUGGCACCUGAGGUAAUUACUGAUACACUAAUACAGAACCGGCCAGCGAGAUCGACGAAGCCGAGUUACGUGGGGAGAUUUCCACGGUCUAAUUCAACGGGACACUCGCUGGUUCAACCGGGAGAAAACGUUGAGCGGUUCACCCUCCGGCUUCCGGACGACAUGAGGAAGCAAAUCAUGAACAUGAGGCAGGUGAACCGGACUAGGAGCAUGGUGGCGUUCCCAGUGCUAGUGAGUCCUGGGAAGGGUUCCCGGACAACCGGUGAAGGCAGUAGUAGAGGAGGGAAAUCGAUGGGAGAGAAACCGGAAGGCCGGGUCUUCUCGAUGACACUGCCUUUCUUCAUGAAAGCCACUUCUCCUCGGUCACCGAAGAUGACAGCAGAAGGGGAUGCUUCGGUAACUUCUCGUCCUAAACCCCUUUGGUCGCCGUUACGAGUGUACACGAAAGCUGCUCACGAAACUGUGGCGUCAUGGACUCCCUCUCAAAUUUGA